AUGGCCGCGGGCAGCAAGAAGUCUAAGGCCAAAGACAAGGCCAAGGCAGCCACCAAGAAGGUUAAGAAGGGGAAGAGCCCAGAGGUCACAGAGACUCAGACAACUACAACUACUCCUGCUCCUGGCAGCCCUGAACUUACGGCGCAGGAACCAGACGUAAAAGACCAGCCUGCUAUUGACGCAGGCGUUGAAGUAAAGACGCCACUUCCUGUAUCUGCAUAUGAGGUAUUCGACGACGAGACACCUCAAGACAAUUCCAAGCCUGCCGCAGAUCAAGCACCUGUACUCGACAAUCCUGUAUCUGCAUACGAGGUGUUUGACGAGGAGACACCUCAAGACGGUUCCAAGCCUGUCACAGAUCAAGCACCGCCUGUGCUUGACAAUCCUGUAGCUGCAUACGAGGUAUUCGACGACGAGAAUACACCUCAAGACAGCUCUAAGCCUGUCGCAGAUCAAGUACAACCUGUACUUGACAAUCCUGCAUCCGAACACGAGGUACUUGACGACAAGACUGCGCCUGCACCACAAGACAUCCCUGACCCUGUCGCGGAUUCACAAUCGCCUGUGCUCGAGAACCCUGUAUCGGCAUACCAGGUGUUCGACGACGAACCAGCACCCAAAGACAUCUCUGAACCUGUCGUGGAUCAAUCACCACCGGUAGUCGACAAGCCUGUUGACGAAGCACCACACUUGGACGCACCGCACUUGGACGAGCCAAGUUCGACUCAGCCUCCUGUUGAGGACACUCAAAUCAAAGAGCCACCUGUUGAAGAAGCAAGCUUGAUUCAAUCUCCCAUUGAAGAGCCAGAAGCAAAGGAGCCUUUGGAAGAUCAUACCAAGCAAGACCAACCCAACCAAGUCGAGCACCCCGAAGAGAAAACUGUAGUGUCAUCGCCACCGGCUGACCCGUUCUCCCCUGUGGCCGCUUGUGUGCCCUUGCCUUCACCAUCCUUGACUGAAGCACGGUAUAUGUCAAGUCCCUCUCAGGAGAAUCAACAUUAUUAUCCCGGGCCAUAUUCUCCUUACGCCUCACCCGUCCCCUACUCUGCGCAAGCACCUUACGGGUCACAAAACCCAUACACUUCGCCAAACGGCUACGCUUCGCCCAACGCUUACGCUUCACCAGUGCCGUACGCUGCAUCCCCAGUGACGUACGCCUCACCAAACCCCUACACUUCGCCAGUACCCUACGCCUCACCUGCGUUAUACGCCCCAGUGCCAUACGCUGGUUCCCAGGCGCCUUACAACCCGUCUACACCUUACGCUGGCUCUCCAGUGCCUUACAGCUUACCUGGACCCGCCGCUGGUUCCCCAGCGCCCUACGCCCCAUCAGUAGCUUACACGUCAUCGCCGGUGCCCAAAGUCAGCAGCCCGCUUGCACGUUCCCACUACCCCCAAAUGUCUCCAACUAUAUCACCAACUACAACUCCCCCUCCUGAGAACCCACCAGCUGCACCGAUGGCUCCUCCAGAAUCGCAAGCCCCUUCUGUGGCCCAAAGUGUACCGCAUUCUCUACACUCUCCUGUCAUGAGUGCUUCCGGGAUGGUCCCUCCUUAUGGAUACUAUUCUCCUCAUCACCAGUCGGAGGCCCAUUAUAUGAACCGGGGCUAUAGCAUCCCUGAUACAUCAUAUGCAGCAUCAUACCAGGCCCUUCAAAACCUCUCUAUGGCCAGCGGCUAUCCCCAAGAGAAUGGGUCUCCCCCAGAAAAUGACACUGAGCACAUUGAGCUUCUUCAACGCAUCCAGUCAGCCAUUCCGGACAUCAACCGUCUCCUUCAUGGGUUCCGCAACACACACAGCAAGCUCUCAAACCGAGAGGCUGAAAUGAAGCAUAUUGGAAGCCAGCACGAACAAGCUCUGAAUCACAAGGAGUACUACAUUGAAGCUCUGCAAACCCAAAUGAAGAAGACUGCCAAUGAAAGUGCCGAAGAACAAGCCAGAUUGAAGCACACUAUCAGCGAGCUGCGUCUUGAACUCGGAGAUCUGCAAGAGAAGCAGAAGGACCUUGAGGAUGGCCUAGCUGUCCACCAGAAGUCCAACGAGGAGCUUACCGAAACCAAGGUCGUACUCGAGGGACAAAUCAACAAACUCAACGAAAGCAUCAAGGAGUCAAAGGAGACCCAUGAGAAGGAGUUGGAGAGUAAGAAGGAAGAACAGGAGAAGGCUCUCGUGGCACAGAAGGAGGAGCUUACCGAGCUGUUCGAGGAGAUCAAGGCCGAGGAUGAGAAAACAGCAGCCGAGAAUCUGGAGACUCGUGAGCGCGAACUUCGCGCUGAGCAUGACGCUAGUCGAGCCGAAUGGGAGAAGGAGAAGGCCCAAUUGCAGGAAUCCUUUGAAGGCCAGCGCACCGAGCUAGAGGCCACCAAGGCGGAAGUGUCAUCCCAGAUCGCUGCUUUGGAAUCCAAGGAGACCGAGUUGCAAGCCCGACUCGCUGAACUCUCAACAACACGCGAAGAACUAGCAGCCAAGCUAGCAGAGCUCGAAGAAACCCACAAGAAGAAUGAAGAGCUUCGACAAAGCCAUGCUGGUGAAUUGGACUCCCUACGACAAUCCCACGACGAACAACUCGCUGCUGCCGCCAAAGAACUGGCUGACAAGAUCGCCGAACUGGAAGCUCACUUCAAUGAGAAAGAGAAGCUUUGGACAACAGAGCGGGCUGCCUUGGAGCAGCAGCUCUCCGAGAAAGAUAGCGAACUUGCCAGUGCUGAGCGAGAGAAGGAAAGAUUGGAAGGUGACGGAAUUGUCAAGGAGCAGCACCUUCAGCGUGCAGUGGAUGGAAUGCGAAUGACGAUCGAUAACUUGGGUGGAGAUUGCGACAGGCUGAGAAAGACACUGUCCAGCCUAGGAGAGGCCACUGACCUCAGAAACACCAAGGGCGAUCAAUUCUUCUUGGACUGCUUCACAGAGCUCUCGCAGCUCAUCCACAAUCUAUCCAAAGAGCAUUUCGGAUAUCUCCCCAUCGACCCCCCAAAAGACAUCCUAUCCAAGAUCCCAUCCGAACUCCCACCAUUCCUUGACAACACCCCAGCCUCCCGCGAACUCCGCUGUGCCUACAUCCAGCACAUCAUCUCCAAAACCCUAACCUUCAGAGUCUUCCAACCCUUCCUCUUCACCCUAGGCCGAAGAUACGACAAAGCCGACACCUUCUUCCAAAUGCUAUCAAUGGACAUCCGCCGCAAGUCCGUCCGCCGCGAAGCUUUCUGGCGCCAGCAGACCCUAAAAGCAGCGUACACAACCUCCGACGCCAAACAAUCAAUCAACGUGGCCGCAGCAGUCAUCGUCGACGAAAUCAUCGACCACAUCAAGCACUUCGCCGACCGCAAGGAACUCGACCCACUGAUAUUGGGCGUGCGAAAGAUCGUCAAGCUUGCCGCAGAGACAUGGAGACACGCUCGCGUCGAGCGCGAGCUUGUCCUCGCUAAUUUCCCCGCCCCGGACGCGGAGAGUGUCUCGAACGAGGGUUGGUUGGAGUACGCUGCCAACAAGGAGCAGAAUCAGACCCCGUCAAAUGAACCCACUCGUCAUGUCGUGCUGCGCAUCUUCCCGCGUAUUACGCGCGAGGCGGCUCAUGAGGACUUUGCUAGCGAUGAAGAGAAGGCUACUGGCUGCACUUACUCGCAGGGUAUUGUGCUGUACUCUGAUUCGCCGGUCAUUAUGGGGCGGCUUCAGGAGUUCGCGAAGAAAUCUACCGAGGCUGUGGGUACUGAGUCGCCUCCUAAGACACCUUUGGCUGUUAAGGCCAUUGAUAGGUUGGCGCAGAUUGAGGGUUCCUCUCCGAAGGUUAUGACUGUUCGGUCUGCUCCUACUAGUCCGAAGGGUCAAUUUAGGAGUCUGUGA